UAAGAACAUGCUACCUUCUCUACAAAAGCCGAGCUGCAAAUUUUCAAGAGCUUUCUACUUGAUGAGCUAGGAAACUCCUUUCUCUCUUCCUUUCUAACCCCAAUCACAAUGAGCAGAAGCCAUGAGCAGCACCAGCAUUCUCAAUCAAUUUUCAGACUCUUCCGUACACACGUCCAAUUAAAUCAUGUCUUACAUUUCCUAUUUUUCGGUUUAGGUUUGUCACUCGGUAUCAUAACUACCUUAUAUUUCCAGAGCUUCUCAUUCACUACCUUCCAAGCCUCCCUAAAUUCCAUUAAUUUUAGUUCUCCAAAACCAUCAUCAUCUACAACUCAAUCACCACCACCACCAACAUUGCUGGCCCCGCCCCCACCACCACCGCUACCGCCGCCACCACCACCACCACCACCACCACUACCGCAACCGCCAUUUCUAGUGCUGUCGUUCACGAAUGUGGCCUCUAAUUAUACUAGUGUUUCAUUGAAAGAACAAAAACUCCUAGUACACAAUAUGAGUGACGAGGAGUUGUUUUGGAGAGCUUCAAUGGUUCCUCGAAUUCAAAAGUUGCCUUACAAGUAUGUUCCUAAAGUGGCUUUCAUGUUCUUGACAAAGGGGCCUCUACCGUUGGGUCCCUUGUGGGAGAAAUUUUUCGAGGGACAUGAAGGCUUGUACUCCGUUUAUGUGCACGCACACCCUGAUUUUAAUGAAUCAGUGCCUGAAGAUUCUGUCUUCCAUGGUAGAAGAAUUCAUAGCCAGCCAGUCUAUUGGGGAACAUCAACAAUGUUAGAUGCCGAGAGACGCCUCCUAGCUAAUGCACUCCUCGACUUCUCCAAUCAAAGAUUUGUGUUGCUGUCUGAAUCGUGCAUUCCAUUGUUCAACUUCACAACAACUUAUGACUACCUCAUCAACUCAAAUCUAAGCUUCCUAAGCUCAUUUGACGACCCAAGGAAGCCAGGCCGUGGCCGAUAUAACCCUAAAAUGUAUCCAAUUAUAAACAUCACAAAUUGGCGAAAAGGAUCUCAAUGGUUUGAAGUGCACCGUGAGCUUGCCAUCCACAUUGUGUCUGAUUGCAAAUAUUAUCCUAUCUUUCAAGAAUACUGUCACCCUCCUUGUUAUAUUGAUGAGCAUUAUAUUCCAACACUGGUGAAUUUGUUGUACUCUGAGCUGAAUUCAAAAAGGAGCAUUACUUGGGUGGAUUGGUCAAGGGGUGGUCCUCAUCCUGGAAAAUUUGGAUGGAGUGAUAUCACAGAUGAGUUUUUGAAUCGGAUUCGGUUUGGAUCAGAAUGUGAAUACAAUGGCAAAACAACUUCAAUAUGUUUCUUGUUUGCUAGAAAAUUUAUGCCUGAUACAUUGGAGCCUUUGUUGCGGGUUGCUCCUUUGUUGCUUGGUUUUGAUCCGUAGAAUUUGUUAUGAUGUAAUUUAAUCCCCUUCUCAAUUGUUCUUUAUUUCAUACAUGAAGUUUUUACUAGAACAAUUAUCUUCAA